UAAAUGAAGGCAGCUCGUCGCAAGCAGGUUUCCGAGGAUGUAGCCCACGAUCCCGCUCUUCCAGAUUCUGCUCCUGGGACUGAGGCCGGGGCAAGAAAAAAGGAGGAGGAAUCACGGAGUGCCAGGCAGGCAGGGCUGAACCCCAGGGGCCGAAUCUCUCCUCCUGACAUCUGCUGGCUCCUGCUUUCCUGAAUUAUUUAUCCAAUUGUGCCAAGAGAGAAUUUUUGCCAUGCAGCCGGAGUGAAGUGGCACACAUGGACGUGUUCAGCUUCGUGAAGAUGGCAAAGUUGCCGGGCCACAGAUCCAAAUCCACGGGCUGGCCACCCCCUUCCGGGACCUGGACCGCCUCUUCAGCACCCCCCUACGGAUGGGACAUGACCUCCAGUAGAGAGGGGAGAGACUGCUUCAUUAACUACGGGUCCCAGAGCGGCUCGCUGGAGGAGGUCCGUCUAGAGGGUGGGCCCUUGGUACCACCAGCACCCCGCAAGGUGGAGAUGAGACGAGACCCUGUACUUGGCUUUGGCUUCGUGGCAGGCAGCGAGAAACCAGUGGUGGUCCGUUCUGUUACCCCAGGGGGUCCCUCAGAGGGCAAACUUGUACCUGGUGACCAGAUCAUCAUGAUCAACGAUGAGGCAGUCAGCAGCGCACCCAGGGAGCGAGUCAUCGACCUCGUCAGGAGCUGCAAGGAAUCCAUUGUCCUGACGGUGGUGCAACCUUACCCUUGCCCCAAGUCGGCGUUCAUCAGUGCUGCAAAAAAGGCGAAGUUAAAGUCAAACCCAGUGAAAGUGCGCUUUGCAGAGGAGGUCAUUGUAAACGGUCAGGUCCCGGAAACAGUCAAGGACAACUCACUACUUUUCAUGCCAAAUGUCCUGAAGGUGUAUCUGGAGAAUGGACAGACAAAGUCCUUUCGCUUUGAUAGCAACACUUCCAUAAAAGAUGUUAUCCUGACUCUGCAAGAAAAACUGUCUAUUAAGAGCAUCGAACAGUUCUCUCUGGUGCUAGAGCAGCGGGGCGAAGGGGCUCCGAGCAAAAUGCAGCUCCUUCAUGAGCAGGAGAUGUUGUCUCAGGUGACACAGCGGCCAGGGUCUCACAAGAUGAAAUGCUUCUUCAGACUCAGCUUUGUCCCGAAGGAUCCCAUCGACCUUCUAAGAAGGGAUGCAGUGGCUUUCGAAUACCUCUAUGUUCAGAGCUGCAAUGAUGUGGUGCUGGAGCGCUUUGGGCCGGAGCUGAAGUACGAUAUGGCACUGAGACUAGCUGCCCUGCAGAUGUACAUCCUCACAGUCACCACCAAACAGACACAGAAGGUCUCCAUCAAAUAUAUCGAGAAGGAAUGGGGUUUAGCUCUCUUCUUGCCCCCUGCUGUGCUGUCCAGCAUGAAGGAGAAGAACAUCAAGAAAGCCUUGACACACAUCCUCAAGACCAAUCAGAAUCUCGUACCACCGGGCAAGAAGUUAACUGCUUUACAAGCAAAGGUGCAGUAUCUGAAGUACCUCAGUGAUCUGAGACUAUAUGGGGGACGCGUCUUCAAAUCCACCCUACUACAGGGAGAAAAGCAUACCGAGGUCACGCUGCUCGUCGGUCCCCGGUAUGGCAUCAGUCAUGUGAUCAACACCAAGACCAACCUGGUGGCUCUGUUGGCCGAUUUCAGUCAUGUGAACCGCAUCGAGAUGUUCACGGAGGAUGAGAUGAAUGUCAGAGUGGAGCUACAUGUUCUUGACGUCAAGCCAAUCACUCUCUUAAUGGACUCCAGUGAUGCCAUGAAUUUAGCCUGCCUGACAGCUGGAUACUACAGAUUGCUAGUGGACUCGAGACGCUCAAUCUUCAACGUGGCUAACAGAAGUAACACAGGGAGCAUGGACUCUGACCAAGAUCCGAGACGCAAGAUUAACCUUCAAGCUGCUGAGUGGACAUACAGCACGUCCUUUAGCGGCAGUGAAGACUCCAGCAUAAACAAGGAACAGUUGUACAACAACGAUUCAGAGUUUCAGGACUGUGCAGGCAGUGAACAUGGACUUACUCCCAUUUAUAUCACAGACAUCCAGGAGGCACAUCAUGCAGCACAGAUGGGGGAGAGAGGGAACAGAGUUUCUCACACCCAGCCAUUCCUUUCUGUCCCUAAAAACAACAUCCAGGAGUCUCCCCGAAGCGCCAAGGUGUCCUUCAUUUUUGGAGACCCCCCUUUAGAUAGCAUCAAUCCCCAGAACCUGGGGUACGAGCGGUUAUUGGACGAAAGCCCUGAAAUCCUAGAUGAACACAGAUCCAUGUACUUCCAAAAUGAGGAGGACUUUAAGACUAUGGAUCCAUCUAGGGAUGGAUUAGGGUUUCAGUACGGCACCCACUCAGUCUACAGCAACAUAAGCGAUGGAAAAAUCUUCGGGAAUGCAGAGGGCAUCGAGGAGCCCCUGCUCCAUGACAUCUGCUAUGCGGAAACCACAGACGACGCAGAGGAUGAAGAUGAUGUUAGCUGCGAGGAGGACAGCGUGAUGGGAGAGAUGAACAAGACAAUGUUCCUCAAACUGUCAGGCUCUAGUGAUGACAUCAUUGACUUAACCACCCUCCCUCCACCAGAGGGCAAUGAUGAGGAAGAAAACGAUGUUCUCCUGCAUUCUCUCAACCUAGCCAUCGCCGCUCCCCCACCCGGGUUCAGGGACAGCUCAGAUGAAGAGGAGCACCAGGCCGCACAGAUCACAGAACCCAAAGGACUGGGUGCGAGUGACGACAUUCCAGUGUCACUAAUUGAUGCAGUCCCUACACAGGUGGAAGGUGGCAGCGAGGCAGCCCUGGACGAUGCUGUCGUUUCCACCUUACAGGCGCUGGAGGCUCUUGCUGCAUCGGAGGAACAGUCACACCAACAAUCAGCCAAUAGCUCAGGUGUAGCGAUUUCUCGGGCCUUUAGCCCAGAGUCGUCUUCAGAUUCUGGAAAUGAGACAAACUCAUCUGAAAUGACUGAAAACUCAGAGCUUGCAGCGGCCCAGAAGCACUCAGAAAGCUCCACACGCUUAUUUGUAGGUACCGCCGAGGGCUAUCAGCCUCUCCUUGAAGAAAAAGCAGAGUUUCCCAUUUCUGACCAAGACCCCACCCUGAAAAUGAGCAACACUUUUCGAGGUCACCAGGAAGAAGAGCAGCAGUCAGCAGGUGCCUCUUCAAAACCGAUUAUUCACUCAGACGACAUCGAAAUGGAGCCUGAAACUAUGGAAACCAAAUCUGUGACGGAUUAUUUCAGUCAAAUGCACAUGGGUACACUGGUGAAUUCCUGCAACAGCAAACGAAAAGGGAAACUGGGUGAGGCAGAUUCUAGGAGGCACUUUGAUACAAAUACCACUGGGAAGCGGCAGUUAAAGGCACUUGACCCUGGCAACGAAGAACAUCAACAGAUGGGGAAAUUCAACACCUUCAGUGCAAGAGAAACUCACCGCAUGAGCCUCUUCGACCUCGAACGCACCUCAUUUCGUGAAAAAAGCCAAAGAUGGCAGGCGUUUUCUGAAAACAAAAUGGCAAACAUUGCCCUCUCUGGGUCGGUGAGUAUCCGCGCUUUGCUGCGAGGCAGAUUAGGCCUCAAAGACUCUGAGAAGGAAACAGAUAAGAACAGUGCCUCUGAGACUCGAAAGGACGAAAGCCUUCCCCCGGACAGUGUGCAUAUCCCCCUUGACAAGGAACUCAAUAAACCUAAGCCAACAAACGUAGCAGGUGAGGAACACCAUGAAUCAACACAGAUCCCAUCAGAGCAGCCCGUGGGCCGCCUGUGUGACUACCACCUAGCUAAGCGCCUGACAUCCUUGCAAAGCGACAGUAGCUAUUCUCUCCAGAGCUCACAGUGUUCUUCCCUUGAUGCUGGGUGUAACAUGGGGAGUAGCAGCUGUGCCACACCUAUGGAUUCACCCCAUUGCAUUGGUGACACCAAGAAAGGCCUCGGUUUCACAAUGUCCGAGGAGAAGGCCCACGGUAUGUCAAGCCACAUACUUCAAGGGAAGGAUCUCCAUCCAAAUAUGGAUCCUUCAGUUCUCCAGAAGAUGCUGCCUAAUGCACAUGCAUCUGCUGCCUCUGAACCCACAGUUGGCUCUUUGCAAGAUGGGUCUCAUCGGAUGCCUAAGAUUAAAGAAACCACAGGUACACCCAAAAGGGAUAAUCUUUUCUCUGAUCUCUAUAAGAAGGAUCAGUUUAUUAAACCCAAAACUAUACCAGGGAGUCAGGCUUAUAGGCACUUCUUACGCAUAACUGUAAGCCAGGCACGAGAAAGCGCUAAACUGCAGGGUAUGAACGCAUGUGUUAGCCUAAGAAGGAAGGUUAACAAGCAUGUCCAUCACAAUCCAGUAUUAUUUGAUUUAGUUCAAUUAAAAAAUAACACCAACACACAAAACCCCUGCAUGCUGCCCUCCACUGAACCCUCUGAGUACACAAAUGUGGUACAGUCUGUUGGAGCUGCCUUAAGCGCAGGUACCAGUCCCAGAAUGUACUACUCUGCUACUUUUCCCACUAACUUGAAGGAAAGUCCCGAUUUGCAUGCUCAGAGAUGCAUGAACAGUCUUGAAGUUAAGUACUGUAUCGAGAGGAGAACCUCAAUUUCCGGCCUUGGAGGCAAAUUAGAGCAAGGCACUGAUGGUGAACCAAUUCUGUACCAGUGUAAGAGGAACAUGCACGAGAGUAUUGGUAGGCCCUUGGAAAACAUAUACAGCAAUCAGCCGCCUGGUGAGAAGGACUGGUUCAAGGAUGAUUGCAGAUCGCAGCAUGUUGUCAGGGAAAUGCUUAAUGAUUCUCUGUGUUUUUCUACUACCCCUAGUGUAGCUUGCACAGAGCUCGAGAUGGCACGAAGAGGAGAUUCUGUCUCCAAACAGGUCGAAGGCAAGCCCGUGCUGCCACCAUCUAACAUUAGCGCAGAUUCCAAUGUGCCAAAACUGGAGUCUACCGACUUCCCAAAAAGAAACCUUAGCCAGGCACCGUCCUCCAGCUUAUCCUCAUGCGAUUCCGACACAGGUGGCCCCAAGAAACACUGGAUGUCAAGGAGGAGCUCUGGCAGCAUCGAACCCCCGGCGUUUGACAAAACCAAAACCACCACCGGCGGCAUGAGCUUUCAGCUUCCCCAAAUCUCCAUCACCAAACUGCAGAAAAGAGCAAGGAGGCUACGCAAGAAUCACUCCCAGGGCUCAGGCACCUGGCAUUCAACGGCCUCCGCUGGCAGGAAGGCCUGCAGAAGGGCUUCCCUCAUGCUUCCCGUGCCAAAGGAUACUAAGCAGUUCCGAUCUUUGCCAAAACUGGACACCAGCAACUGGACAUGCCAUGGGCCUUUCAGCCAUUGCUUCCUCAAACAUAGACGCACGGUUGACGAGGAUGAAGACAGCAGAGGGACGCCCCUGCAGAAUUACGCAUCUCAGUCUCCCAAAGGGCCACAGAUCACGUCCCCCAAAGGGGCACUGGAUAUCGCCUCCCCUGUAAGUGGGGAGCAGCUUUACCCAGACAUCAACCUGAAUGGCAUGACCUUCAGUGCCCGGCUGGCCCGUGUCAAUGUCCUGAAGGACACAAUGUACAGCUUCCCCACGGGCUUCAUGGUGGCACAGAGGGAUGCCAGGGAGCUGAUUGCCCUGCUGCGCUCCAGCAUUGGAACAGCCGACGGAAUGCUACCUGAGAUCCAAGGGGCCAACCUGAACCAGUACGUACAGCUGCUUGCCAUGGAGUCCAAGGAGCUGGGCAGCACCUGCAGGAAGAUGGCGCUGGCCCACAAAAGUGCAGAGGAAAUGGUUCUGGCCAUGACAUGCAGCUUCCAGGUACUCUGCUGCCUGACAGAGGCUUGCAUGUGUCUAGUGAAGGGCAUGGCUGAAGAGGUACAGCAACGUGAGGUGGUAGCUAUAGUAGAUGAAGUUGUCAUGAACUACAUAUGCCUGCUGAAGGCCGCAGAGGCAGCUUCUGCCAAUGCCGCUAAUGACCACAACAUCAAAGCUCUGGCACGGCACUCCACCUCCAUGUCCACCAUUAUAAACGCACUGACACGCUCGCUCAAAGCACUCCUCAAUAAGUAAACACUCUUUCUAGUGUCCUUUUGCAAGCCAUAUACCGCAGUGUGGGGUGAUACCAGUCCACAGUGUGAACUGCACGAACUUGACCCUGUGAAUAUUUUGUUUUAUAUGUAAAUGAAUAAUAUAAAUUAUUAAAUUAUAUAGAACACUAUAUAGGCAUUAAAGGAAAAAUGUAUUCAUCCUCCAUUAGAGAGCAAGACAAACUGAAAGAAGGUAAAAUAAUAUAAUCCUUCAUGCACCUUCUUGUAUGAUUUUUUCAUUACACUUCCUUAGUACAAGAAGGAAAAUGACAGAAGAGAAAGAAACAUUUACUCAAGAUGGUCUUAUUUGUGCAUAUAAUACUGCUUUGUAUUAUAAAAUUUAAAAAUUAUUUAAAAUGAAUUUAUGAUUUUUUUUAACAAAUGCAAAAUGAUGUAAAGACCGCACUAAAUCAAUUACUUGAAAAAGACCCUAGAAAACUUUUAUUCAUACAGAUCAUUAAUAAAAUGAUAUAUAUAUAUAUAUUUUUUGUAUUAACUAUAAACAAUGACACACACACUGUGUUUUCACUGAUACAAGUGUGGUGUCAGAUACAUUCCACAGGCUAUGACACAUAUCUUCUUAACUGUACAAUCUUAUAUGAGAGAUCAUAAUAGACAAAUGAACAUUGAAAUAGAAAUUCUCUUUCUAUCAUGUU